UGUCAAACUGACAUGUCACAGAUCAUCAAUUGGUUAUCUUUUCUUUAGAAUAUCCGGGCAUCUUAGCCACAGUAUGCUGGCUCGGGAUCAGUUGCCCACAGGUACCCAAAUUUAACCUCCGCCAUGGUGGUUAUUUUAUUUUAUUUUAUUAUAUAUCAUUUUAUUUAUUUACUUGGGGAGAUGUAUGGCAUUGUCUUAUUCGCCUCAUUCAUGCAUCCUCCUGCAUGUUAUGCCCUCAUGCAUUUUUUUUUUUUUUUUAGUGCGCCUAUACCAUUACAAUCACACAGUGUGAUUUGUUUUAUUCCCUCAAACUCAUCCUCUAUUAUUUUCGGCUAUUUUCUUUUUCAAUAUAUUCGGAUUACCUCACCAAAUAUAAAUGAAUAUUGGAGAUGCCAGAAACUAUAUAUAAAAAGAAAAUACCUAUAAUUUCUAGAUGGAAGACAGAGAAAGAGCCAACAGCAUGUAUCCACGGGAGAUCUUUUGAUACAUUUCCAC